ACGUGCUGAUGCCCCUCCCCCUCUGGUUGCCGCGGAGGGGGACAACAGGCCAUGGCUGCGGCCGGCCCCCUCUCCAGUCAACCGCCACAGUCAAGGCCUCCAAACAUCUCUACAACUGCUUCCUCAAGAAGGCGAAAGCUAAUUCUGCCAUAUUGGUCUCCCCCGAAGAAGUCCCGCUUGCCUAGGACCGUCUUGCGCUGGCUUCAAAGCAUGGACCUCACUUUUUACCCCAAGAAUAUCAACAGAGAUUUUUCCAAUGGCUUCCUACUUGCAGAAAUAUUCAGUAUCUAUUAUCCACGGGAUCUUAAACUGGCAGCUUUUGGGAAUGGAACUUCCAUAAAGACCAAAUUGGCUAAUUGGUCACAGCUGGAAAGUUUUUUUGCAAAAAGACAUUUGAAAAUACCCAAAGAAUUAAUUCAUGGGACACUUCACUGUAAACCUGGAGUACCAGAAAUAUUGAUACAAGACGUCUAUACAUUACUCACAAAACAAGAAGUUAAAAAUAUCCAAGAUGACUAUGUGAACUUCACAGAUUGUAACUACCAGAUAAAUAUGCCACUGGUGCCCAAAGCAACCGUUUCAUCAUUUAUCAAGAGUAAUAUUCGGUUAACUGAAUUACUGAGCAAUCCCAAUAUACUUAGUAAUCAACUUAAAAUUGACUUUCUGUGUGUCUUACAAAUGUUACAGAGAAGACUGAGUAGAAAACUCCAUCCAAAGUGGUUUAACAUCAAACCAACAAUAGGAGAACGUUGUCUUCCUCCUGCUAAAAAGAAUGAGGAUCUUUCAAAAUGUGUCUUGGUAAAGGAUAAAUGUGUUGCUACUGUACUAGAUUACUCAAGGAAAAUAUGAAGAGGCUUUGGAAGCAGUUUUAAGGAGAAAAAAUAUUAUGGCUCUAUGUUCCUAACCUGGAAUGACAUAUCAAAGUCUAUGAUAAUAUUCUCAAAUAAUUGCCAGAGUAUCAAAGCCCUGUCUUAGCUGUGUUAAUUUUAAUAAUUUUUUCAUAGGCAGGUUCCAGAAACAACCCAAUCUGAUUAAAUUAUUAUCCUUGUAGUCAAACAUAAGGCUCUGUUUUCAAAUAGUUGAAAAGGAACAAGAUUUAAAUUUGCAUAGUGUUUGUUUUGGAUAAAAUGUGUGGUUUCCUUACAGGAACUUAUUCCAAAUUGUUCCCAUGAACACAUUUUCUACUAUCUCAAAAUUAUUAGUUAAGACCAACUGAUUAGGGAUAGGUUUAUCACUCAUACACACACACACACACACACACACACACACACA